CAUCAGUUAUCAAUAUUAUUUGGACGACAGCACUCUACCACUCGUCAUUCGCCUACAACAUUUUAUACUACUCAGUUUUAAAAACACGAACAAAUUCACUCACAAAAUGAACACCAACACUAUGCCACUGUUUGCGCUGGUCGCCUGCUGUCUGGUCACCAUAUCCGUCGCCGCCCCGUCAGGUUUAGUCCCUGUGCCCCUAGCCGCAGCAGCACCUGUCGUGGCCACCUCCGUCCACCCUGGAGUGGUCACCGCCUACAGUUCGCAGUACGUGUCUAGAAACUACAACGGGAUUGCCGUGACACCCGCCGUCGUCCCUUCCGCAGCCAUCGUCGCCUACCCUGCCCCAGCACCAGCACCCGUCUACACACCCACUGGACUCGCCUACUCAGCACCUCUAGCUCAAGACUAUCUUUUCUAAUGAUGACGACGACGACCCUCUACCGCAGCGUUUCUUAAACUUUUUUAUCCACGGAAACCUUUUUGAUGUUCACUUUUAUCGUGGAACUCCUACUUUUUUUUUUAGCUUUUUAGCUUUUUUUAGGAUUAUUUGUUGCAAAUGAAUUAUAAUAUUAAGUAGAAGUAUA